AAUACGCACUGACUGUGCUCUCCACUGGUUCGCUCGCUGUCAGUAGAAAUCGCCACAGAUCAAAACAAUGGUGGAGUAUGUUAUUUGCACCGCUCAAAGCUUUUGGAGUGAUCCAGAAGCCAAGCUCUUAAUGGACAAAUUUCGAGAAUAUAAACUCGAAGUUGGUCCAAUGAAGACAUUUAAAAACAAGAAAUCCAUGUGGGAAAAAAUAUCCGCUGACAUUCUAUCGGAGCUAGGUUCGCUUAAGACGGGGGCACAAUGUGAAAACAGAUUCAAAACAGUCAGGAAACGAAAAGGAUGGGUUGAUGACCAAGAAGACAAAGAUGAGACCUUGAAUGUGAACGAAGACAGUUCCUUGAAGAAGAAAAACCUUCUUGAUGGUGACAGAAAGACAUCUGGAAUUUCAGCGGUGCAACAAGACAACUCUGAUACACUUCCCAAAUCUCAAGAAAUUCCAGAAACUGUAGAAGUAGAUGUGGACGUGAGAAGAGGAGUUGGUCAAGUUAGCUACAGUAAUGCAGCAUGUGAAUCUGAUCAUCAUGACGAAGAUGACAAAAGGGAUAAAAAGCGGUUCCGCCAAACUUUGUCAACAGUGUUAUUGCAAAUUCAUCGAGAAAAGGAAGAGGCGAGAGAGAGACGGCACCAGGAAAAAAUGGAAUUAAUUAAAAUGUUGUUAAAGUAAGUUCAAUUUAUUAUUCUUUUUACUAUCAUGCUACUGCCUAGAAGUUAAUUGUAAAUUCUAAUUACACCAAUUUUCCUAGUUGUCUCCAAUGUCCACUCCAAAGAAUUAAAAAACAGGAGCUCUUUUAAAUAAUAUCAUUAUUCAAUAUCCAGUCCCUUUUUAUAUUAGAAAUCAUUAAUUUAUUUAAUAAGGUAACUUCUCAGUGACAUAAAAUUUAAUAAGUGUUCAAUGCCUUACCAAAUUAAAAUAACUUUUGUAUUUUGUUCACCGUGAAAAUUUACCCUCGUUGCUGACCUUUAAAUUUUCACCGCUUUCUUGUUUUCCUAUGCAUAAGCAAGAUAUAAGAACAUUGUGUGCAAGUUUUCGAUUAUUUCUAAGAUGGUCACGCACUCAAGUGUAUAUAAGAGUUAAUUUUCUUACGACGUAUCUAAAAGGGAAAACCUGAAAUAUGUAGCAAUGGUAGAGCGUACAUAACCCAAAACUAUCUUGUUAUCAAUUAGUACAUUUAGUAUAAAUUUUACCAGCCGGCUGUUUGUUACAUGCAGCGUUGAUAAAAUUUACAUGAUAUAUAAGAAUGUUUGUAAAAAAAUUUAAAAGUCAAAGCUCAUACAUUUAUCAACGUGUGUUUAAAAAAUGAGCAUUCUGUUUCAUGGAUAGAUUUGUAAUGCUGUGUUAUGUAACUAUGAAUAAGUCAUAUCGCUCCGCAAGGAGAUUAAUUUGAAUACAGUUUAUUUUUCUAGCGAUAGCCAUACCGUAAAGACCGUAACUGGUGUGACUGAAAGUUGACCACAAUCAACUAACAGGGGAAGCAGAUGCCAAAGGAUGCACUGUGGACUCGUCGAGUAUAUAACAGGAUGUAACUCGAUUGGCGACAAUGAGAUAUAUGAAAUUUACUGCGCGAGUAUUGCGCCUCAUAAUAAUUUAAAAACACGCUACGACGGGUAGAAAUGGAAAGCAACGAUUCCGUUUAUUAAGACUUCUCCUUCACUCGAAUGGCCAAAAGGCUCAAGUCACAAAAUAUCAGCAGCAUCCGUCGUUUAAUAACGCCGAGAGGAAAUCGCAUAUAGCCAGCGUGAAUGAGAUCGUGUAGUUCAUUCCCCAAUCUGGCCACGUGAGCAGCAGACCCAGCAGUGCACAGCAGCCAAUGUGCUGGGUAUAGCGGGAGCGACAUAGGCGAAUGCCGGGCACAGUUAGACCGUUAGACGAAGGCUGGCUAUAAAGCAAAACGCUGAAACUAGAGAGGACUCCCUAGUUCUAGAGUUACUGGAGUAAACUAUAGUUGAAGCCAGCCUCCAUUGUGAUUCUCUCCCGUCUCCAGUGUAUUGGUGGACGAUUGUCUCAUGUGUGUGUGCCUCAUCGUCGUCUUCCCAAUCCAGAGUGCAGUGCCUAUUUUUCGACGACCACUUUUGCAGAGAAAACUUAUUCGUCUUAGGGAUUCUAAACAUUAUUCAACAUGACGAGUUAUCAAGUCGUCCCGACGGUUGAGUCUCUUUCCGCCGCACCUCAACGUACACCUAGCAAAACAGAGGUAGGUUAGGUUGUGGGUGUGCAAUUAUUACACUUCUUUUUUUUAAAUUCACUUGACAGGCGAGUGAUAUUGCAUUAUCUUUCAUGUUUCAUUGCCGUAUAAAUGUUCCCACGUCCUUCUUUUAGAGAUGCCAAGUGACGAGUGGACGACCUUGAUUAACUGUUUCCUUCGCUAUAACCCUUCACAUUAAUGCAUUUAGCUAAAGGAAAAAAGAAAAGUGACGUAACCUAUUACCGGUAAACAGAAAUGAACCCUGCAAAGGAACUUUUCACACAAACCUUUUCCACGGAAAAAGAUCUAAUUUUGAAAUUUUCGUGCGGUACAUGCCCAACUCAAUCGCUCCCCUUUUAUGCUGCUUCUUUUUAACAAAAUUUGAACCAAAAUUCGAACCUGUAAAUUUACAGGUAGGUGACGAGACCCAAAAGUUGAAUGCGGCCGGAGCAAGAGAAGAACUAUGUUUUUCACCGUUGCCAAUCCAAACCAAAGUGUAUCGACGACGAUGGCUGAUGCUUGUUAUAUUUCUCUUGGUUUCCAUGUCAAGUGCCUUUCAGUGGAUCCAGUUUGCCAUCAUCAACAAUCUAAUUAUGAAAUAUUACAACGUUGACUCAACAACCGUUGAUUGGACUUCUCUGGUUUAUAUGGUUACUUACAUUCCGCUUAUUUUUCCUGGGGCCUGGAUUAUGGACAAAGUGGGAUUACGAAUAACGCUCCUAAUGGGAGCCUUCGGAACAGCUUUAGGAGCGUGGAUCAAAGUUCUGGGCGUUGCUCCAGAUCUUUUCUAUGUGGCUCUCAUUGGUCAGACGAUAACGGCCAUGUCGCAGGUUUUCAUUCUCGGUGUUCCACCCAAUGUCGCUGCCGUCUGGUUCGGAGCGGAACAAGUUUCUUCAGCGUGUUCAAUAGGUGUUUUUGGCAACCAGUUAGGCGUGGCCCUCGGCUUUUUUCUGCCCCCUAUUUUGGUAAAGGACCACGAAAAUAUCGAUGAUAUUGGAGCCGAUUUGAAACUCAUGUUCUACAUUGUGGCGGGCGUCUGCACGGCCUUAUUCAUUGUAGUAGUGAUCGGAUUUCAAGCUAAACCGCCUCUUCCUCCGAAUGCGGCACGCAUUGCACCUCAAUCGUCACAGCCGGUGACCUACUACCAGUCAGUCAAAACGAUUGUCACUAACAAGAAUUACAUUUUGCUUUUGAUUACGUACGGAAUCAAUGCCGGUGUCUUUUACGCUAUGUCUACCCUGCUCAACCAAACUGUGCUUCGACAUUUUCCGGGUGAAGAAGAAAAUGCGGGUCGGAUUGGCUUGACGAUCGUCGUCUGCGGCAUGUUCGGCUCGGUAGUGUGUGGUAUUAUUCUUGACAAAACGCACAAAUUCAGGGAAACAACUCUUGUGGUGUAUGGAUUAGCAGUGGCCGGAAUGGUCGCCUACACCUUUACGUUCGAACUUCAAUAUAUCGUCAUUACGUUCGUCACGGCCGGAGCUGUAGGGUUCUUUAUGACUGGAUAUCUGCCUGUUGGAUUCGAGUUUGCAGCUGAAUUGACGUACCCUGAGCCAGAAGUGACGUCGUCUGGUUUACUGAAUGCCUCCGCCCAAGUAUUUGGUAUCGUCUUCACAAUCAUCGGGGGUUGGCUCUUGAGCAACUACGGCGAUUUGGUCUGUAACGGAAGUUUGUCGGCAGCACUAUUUUUCGGCGCUGCUCUAUCGCUGUUCAUCCGUUCGGAUCUCAGACGCCAAAGAGCCAACCAGAUGGAAGCGUUUCGAGCAAACGAAGCUAUCUAAGUGUCAUCAAUCGACUCUCUGAGCUUCACCAGUAAGAGCUUUGCCUGUCUCCAAGAGAUGCCACAUUUGCCUCACGCAAUUUCGAACAAGUUGAUUUGCUUAUUGUUAUAGAUAUGUAGUUAGGUAAACUUUGUGUCACUGUAUUAUCUGCCAUUUCAAAAUGUUGCUUCCUUCAAUGUGAUUGGCUGCUGCACAAAGUUUGCGGCUAUACCGUGAAUCCGUUACGACGAUUUCAAUGGGGGAAAAAAAAGUAAAGUGAUUGAUAGUUAUAGACUGUAUGUAUACUUAUAUAUAUAGCUUAUAGCCUCUCUCUUUCGGUUCCGGUCUAAAAGAGUUUACAUUUCUGUGUUAUUACUAAUGUAGUAAAAUUGCUGUCUUCCGUACAAUGCAGGGAAUGGAAAGCAAAGUUCAAACCCAAGUUAGCUUCAUUACAGAGUAUUAUGCAUUCGAUUCUUUAUGAGCCUUUGACGUUAAAGUUGUUUUCACUUUUCACCACGACCCAUUUUAAACUGACCAAAUCAUUUGGUUUGGAUGAUGUGACAGUUAACAAUUAUUGCGCCAAAUAAAAUCUAAUGCCACCA